AUGCCAGCGGAUAUCGAGGCGUUCAACCGGCAGGCGGCCGAGAUUGACGAGUGGUUUGGCCUGCUUGAGCCGAGCGAGCGAACCACCAUUCUGUGCUCGCUGCUGCAGCACUGCAACCCGCUCGAGGUCCGCUUCCUGUCGACCGUGCUCGACGAGAUUGCAUCCCGCGACUACUACCACCUCCGCUCGCUCGAGACCUGGGCGAACAGCGUCGAGUACCUCGUCGAGCUCGAUGUCCAGACAACCAGGCAGCUCAAUGCCGCGCACGCCGCGUUUGCCGCCGCGCCACCAAGCACUGCUACCACGACUGCUGCUGCUGCUGCUACUUUUGCGAAUGGCAAGCACCCGCCAGGCACCGGUGGCGGUGGCGGUGGCGCUGGCGCUGGCGGAUCACCAUCAUCAUCAUCGUCCUUGUCCUCGUCGAACUCGUCCUCAGCUUCCUCCUCGUCGUCGUCCACAGUCCACAGAAUUCUGUCCAAAUUGGCCCAGCGAUUGCUCGAGUUGCUGCCGCUGCUGCACGUUCGCAACUACCAGGCGUCGUCGCGGUACUUCCCGCUCAUCCAGCGCGUGUUUGACCACUCGAUCGACGCGUCCAACGCCGGGAUACAGCAGCACCAGGACGAGCAGCCAUAUGAGUUUGCCAACCACUGCCGCACCAUUCUCACGCUUGCACUGACCCACCCGUCCUUUACGUUUCACCAAAAGGAAACAGUCAUGGGCCUGCUACAGCGUCUUCUCUUCCUCAGCGGCCUGCGCGAGGGCGAAGAAGACGAAGAAGACGAGUCCAACCGCCAACCCGACACGACGACCGGAGCGGUUGCUGGCGGCGAAGCGCAGUCCAAGGAUCCCGUGGAAGGAGCGUCAGCAUCAUCAUUGUCGUUAGUAGACACUGCCUCCACCGAUGGAGCUGGUGCCAACAGCGCUGCUCUUCCUUCCGUGCCGCCUUCCGCGACGCCGUCCGCCGAGAGCAAUGCGCGACGAGGAACCGUGCGGCACUCCCAUCCAGCUGCCGUCAAGCGGCCCCACUCGUUCAUGGACCAUCCGCAGUCCAUGCUGGGCUUUUUGCAGUUCCUCAAACCUGACUUUACCACUUCGUUCUCCUCGCUCGAAGCGCAGAAUCACGAAGUCGCAACCACAGCACAAGUGUCGCCAAACAUAUCGCGCGGCAAUUCGUCCGACCGUGUGCUAGAGCACUUGCACGACAAGCAACAAUCCGCGGACGCGCCACCUCCUCGAAGAAACGGCGCAGGACAACACUUUGCAUCCAAUCACAUCCAAACAGGCGGAUCUGCAUUUGGACCGACCUCCUUUUUCGCCCACAGCGCCAACCCGCAGACAUCCGUCCCAGCCGUGCAACUCGCUGCGCGUCCUGCAUCCUAUGCGUCGCCCGCUGGCGAGCUCAAACCAGUGCGCCAGGCCCCGCCUCCCCCAGUCGCUGCAGCAGCCGCACAAUCGUCGCAUGCUUUGCAGCAAUCCCACUCCACGCCGGCUGCGCCACUACAUCACAAUCAUCAACAACAACAGCAUCAUCAUCAUGUCUCUCAUCACACCCCCGCUUCUACUCCAGCACUCCACAUGCAACAGACACCGCCAUCUGCAUCCCAACAAUUCCAUUUGCAGCAAUAUCGGCAACACCACCAGCAAUCUGAGCCGUCCAUCGCAUCUCCCGCGCCUGCCGCGUCAAAGGCGGCGCAGUCUCCACCCAAAGGGCAGACAUCGUAUCAAAAUAUCGACAUUCCUUUGUGGCUGAGAGGCUUGCGAUUGCACAAGUACGCGCCCCUGUUUGAGACCAUGACCAUCGAAGACAUGCUGCAGCUCACAGAGUCGCAGUUGCUCGGCUGGGGCAUGACUGCGGGUGCCAGCAAAAAGCUGUUAGUGCAGCUGGAUGAACUGCGUCGCACCAACCUUCCCUCGGCGGAUCGCCGGUCGCGGGGAUCGGUCAACUCGAAUGAGGACGAUGCAUCAGGCACUGCUGGUGUCGGCAAGUCCAGCAAGGCUGCGCGCCUUGCAGAGGCCGCCGAGGAGCACAUUUACGAUGAGAUUUACACUGACGGCGGCGAUAUCGUUCCCAAGCCCAACAAGGCGGCUUCGGCAAGGCCACCCAUGCCUGCACCAACAGCCGAGCGUCCAGUAUCUCAGAUCCACCCCAUUCGAACUGCGCCGAGUAAGCCGGCACCAGCGGCCGCCCACGCUUCGCCAGUGCCAAUCCGUUCCGACACUACGCAACCGCAUUCGCCUCGCCCCGUCCCUGCUCAGCGCGAGCGUAAGACCAGUAGCUCCAGCAAUGUUGCCGCCAACACCGCCAGUGGCACUCCGGCGUCGGAAGCUCGGCCUGCAAUGCCGCUACCUCAGAAUCAGAACGGACCAAGUGCGCCAGUGACGUUACCCACUACUGCUGCUGCUGCUGCCGCUGCCCCGACCAAGGAAAAACCUCAAAUCAAGCAACGAGCGAGCUCCUCGACGUCAUUGGCUGUAUCGACUCACUCAUCGGGCUCGGCAACGCCCGUCACUCCUGGGCCAGCUUCCCCUCGCGCCGCCCCCAUCAACCCUGGACCCACGUCCCCUCGUCUCAACAACGCUGGUGUCGUUCCUGCCUCGGGCCCUUCUGGUACUCUUCCAGUCGCCGCCGCGGCAGUAUCUCUCCCUUUCUGCUUCAACUGCGGGGAGGAAGGACAUGUUGGUCAUGAAUGCCCAGUGCGCAAUAUUGAUGCCGAUGUGCACGAGUCGCUUGCACACAGCUUUGCAUGAGCGUUUGGCGGUUGAGGACAACAACAGCAACAACAUUUAUGAAAAGGUUGUCCAUGGUUUAGGCGUUUAUCAUUCUUUGUAAAAACAAAACAAAACAAAAC